AUGGACAAGCUGGCUUCAGCACACUGUUGCUUGCUCUUCCCCUUUCCUGAAUGUGACUCUCCUGUGCCAGCUCAGUUUUAUGACAUUCAUGGCUUGCAGGAUCUGCUCCUGCCGACACUUCCAGCCUUGGAGACUCCAGCUUCCAGGAGCUUUUCCUGGCACUCUUUGGCUGCUGUUGAUUGCUUUGAAAUUCUGGAGGAUGUAAGCUUGUUGAUGUUUUUAACCAUUGCUGAAAUCUUCAUAGUUCUCACCAUUCUCAAUUUGCCUUUUGCAGCACAGGGGGCCAACGGCACUCUGGAGAACCCAGCCCUAGAUACAAGCCUACUGGAAGAGUUCCUGGGCAAUGACUUCGAUUUGGGGGCCUUGCAACGCCAGCUCCCAGAUACCCCACCCUAUUCUGCAUCAGACCCAUGCUCUCCUCCACAGAUCAAAGGUGCAUGCUGCCGGACCCCGAGGCCCACAGCUGGGAGGACUCUGGCCACUCUUCUCCACCCCGCAGCUGUUCCCGGGAUGUUGCCUGCACACCCACCCCUGAGCACUCUGGGAAAGAGCAACUCCGGCCAAACCCAGAGCAGCUUUCACAACUGCUAUCCGAACACCAGUCAUCCCGCCGCCCCGCUGCACCAAUCUGUGUUCUCCCAUCUGGGGAGCUGUUCUAACCCCCAGCAGCCUCUGUGCCACAGCCACAGAGCCUCAUUGCCUCCAACCAAGAAGAGAAAGCACGCACAGGCACUGGACGACUCCGGGGACUGCCGAGAGUGGGCCUACCACUCCAGACCAAUGACAAGUACGAGUCACAGCAGUGAAAUACAGGACCAUGACAAUGAGGGUCAGAACGAGAUGCUUGCAGACCAAUGUGCUCCUGUUCUGAAGUGGCAGCCAUACCAAAGUGAUCCUUGGCACAGCUUAUUAAACAGUCACUAUGAAAAACUUCCUGAUGUGGGCUAUCGCGUUGUCACAGACAAAGGAUUUAAUUUUUCACCAGCAGAUGAAGCUUUUGUUUGCCAAAAGAAGAAUCAUUUUCAGAUAACCAUCCACAUCCAAGUUUGGGGAAGUCCAAAAUUUGUUAAAACACAAAUGGGCCUAAAGCCAAUAGAAAUGUUUUACUUGAAAGCUUUUGGAAUUAAGGUAGAAGCCACCAAUCAAAUAAUUGCUAUUGAACAGUCCCAAGCAGAUAGGAGCAAAAAGAUAUUCAAUCCUGUUAAAAUCAACCUGCUGACUGACCAGGUCACGAAAGUAACGCUGGGACGAUUACACUUUAGUGAGACCACAGCAAAUAAUAUGAGAAAGAAAGGAAAACCGAAUCCUGACCAGAGAUACUUCAUGUUGGUGGUUGGACUAUACGCUGCUAACCAGGACCAGUUCUACUUGUUGUCUGCCCACAUCUCUGAAAGGAUCAUUGUAAGGGCCUCUAACCCUGGGCAAUUUGAAAAUGACAGUGAUGCAUUAUGGCAGCGAGGACAAGUUCCAGAAUCUGUUGUCUGUCAUGGUCGAGUAGGUAUAAACACAAAUGCACCGGACGAAGCCCUGGUUGUCUGUGGCAACGUGAAAGUGAUGGGAACAGUCAUGCACCCCUCUGACAGCCGGGCAAAGCAGAAUAUCCAGGAGGUAGACACAAAUGAACAGCUGAGAAGAAUAGCCCAAAUGAGGAUUGUUGAAUAUGACUACAAACCUGAAUUUGCAUCUGCAAUGGGAAUAAACACUGCCCAUCAAACAGGAAUGAUUGCCCAGGAGGUGCAAGAGAUCCUGCCUAGAGCUGUAAGAGAGGUUGGUGAUGUCACCUGCGAAAAUGGAGAAAAGUUGGAGAACUUCCUCAUGGUCGAUAAGGAUCAAAUCUUUAUGGAAAAUGUAGGUGCUGUGAAGCAACUCUGCAAACUAACCAACAAUCUUGAAGAAAGAAUAGAAGAGUUAGAGAUAUGGAACAGAAAGCUUGCCCGGCUAAAGCGGCUUAGUAGCUGGAAGUCCUCAGUCAGUGAAGCAAGUUCAAUCAGCAAAUUUAGCAGAGCUGUUAGUUCAUCUUCUCCAAGAAGGGCCAUUCACAAAAAAUCCAACAAGGUUUAUUUUUCAGGAAAAAAGCAAUCGUGUCCUAACUGGGUUUUCCAGACCUUGGUUAUAGCUCUAAUUGCUGUGAUGGCAUUUUGUGCCUUGACUAUAGUCUCCCUUUACAUACUUAGCUUAAAAGAUCAAGACCGAAGUGCCCCAAAUCUCCCUUUAAGCAAUAUCACCAGCUCUCAGGAGCCAGCUCUUCCACCCACAGCCUCCCCCUCAGCACCUACAACAUCCCUGGCAACCACACAGACUUCCUUACAAGUACCUGAAAUCACUUUCUGUGAGAUCCUGCCAUGUCAGGAGAUCUAUUGCUGCCCCAUCUGGGGAAUGAGAAAAGUCUUUUCAAAUCCUUUACAAAGACAAUCUGAGCAAGAGAAGGAAAUCCAUCAGACGUAUGGGGCAGAAGAUAAAAGCAAAUCAUUCCUGGCAAGAGACGCACUCACCAGCCCUGACUGGGGGAGUGACUGGAUUGAUACAACCAUCAGUUCUAUUCAGAUUAUGGAAAUCCAGCAAAUAAUAGAUCGUCGGUAUUGCAGUAGAAGCCUCCAGUGCGGGUCUGGAAAUUACUAUUACAACAUUCCUGUUAAUAAGUACACACCCACUAAUGUCAAAUUCUCUCUGGAAAUCAACACAACAGAGCCAUUGAUAGUCUUCCAGUGCAAAUUUACUCUUGGAAAUAUAUGUUUCCAUAGUAAAAGGGAAGUCAAAGGGACCCCAAACCAUGGAGAAUUCUCUCAGGAGAUGACACAGGGGUAUCAGCACAUUUGGAGCCUCCCUAUAGCCCCAUUCUCUGACAGUGCAUACCAUUUCCGUGUAGCUGCACCGGAUUUAGCUGACUGUUCAACAGAUCCUUAUUUUGCUGGGAUUUUCUUUACAGAUUACUUCUUUUACUUCUAUCGACGUUGUGCCUAA